AUGGCUGAGGUAGAGGAGACGAAGACUCAGCGUGCUGCUCGCCUAAGGCGGGAGAAGCGAGCAGCGAAGAUAGCGGCCACUGGAACUGCACGAUUAGACAAGAUAACGGGUUUAAGUGGCCGUUCAAUGUCAUUGACGUUCACAGUCCAUGAGGAUUCCCCGUCUGCUAGAAACACUCCAAGCCCUCCAAGAUAUGCAUCACCUCCGGCGCAAUCACCGCCACGGCAACAGUCAACACUGGGAACUACUGCUGGAUUAGGGAUGCCCCCGAAUACCGGAGAUAGCUCUCCACAGACCAUCAAGGAGCAAGAAGAGUAUAUCAGGGCUCUCCUUCGAGCUCAACAGCCACCGCCUUCGACAGCAGACAACGCGGAUCCAACCACAAAACUACUUAGCAACCUAUUUGGUAUGCCUCCACCUGGAGCUGGCAUGACGACCCCAGGGGGGACCCCUUCCUUUCAACCCACGGCCGGUGAUGCUCCAGAGCUCUCCCCCAACGACUUAGCCUCCGCCCUUGGAAUCUCCCCUUCCAUGGCCAACUUAUUCCUGCAGGCCAAAGCCGGGCCCGCUUCAGCUUCUGCCCAACGGAACAAUUCGAUAUGGAAAAUCGCUCACAUCAUCUUUGCAACGGCCACAAGCUUAUACUUUUUGAUGCUCCUGCAAUCAACUAUUAACAUUUAUGGAGGGGGUGAACGGUUACCACCGCCCGCAACCGUGCAGAACCCGUUUCUUAUCCUGGUCAUGGGCGAGCUGCUACUUGUCGGAACGCGGGAGAUAUUUAUGAAUAAUGAUGGGAACGGGGCCGGUAAUGGUGUCAUCGGGAUGCUUAAGACAGGCAAACGAGUGCUCUCCGACAUUUUAAGGGAUGGCAAGAUAAUGAUCUUUAUUCUGGGCAUCGGGUCCCUAUGCAUGAACAACUGGGGAAAGGCCAAAACGGAAUAG